CGUAGGUCUUUUUUGUAGCUUCAAAUAUGUCUAAAUUGUACCACGACAAAGAAGGCAUAAAGGCUGGAUGAAGCGAGACUAAAUUCGUGGAAAAAUAAGUAACUGUUGCUUUUGUUGUUGGACAGCGAAUUCGUGAGGUAUUAUUUUAUUGCCAUUCGGAUGUUUCUAACUUUCUUGAGGUGGCUGAAUAAACUGAUGGUUUAAAGAUAAGGUUUAAGAAGAUUUAAAGAUAUUUGCGAGAAAAUUAAUGAUUUACAAUUAUGGCUGAUUUAUCUGUUAUUUUAGAUUUUUGUAGACUCAUCAUUUCGUUGUUGCUGAUUGUUUUAUUUGCCUGUCUGGAGAAGAGGAAAUCGGUGAGACCAGAUUUAUUGUAUGGAAGACCAUCUGUGCCAAUACCUGUGAGAUUUUUAGAUGGAUACAAGGAUAGAAAGAUGUACUGUGCAGCUAGUUGUAGUUUAGGAUAUCUAGCAAUGGAUUUGCUGACACUAACAGGGCGAGUUGAUGCUAUACCAGCUGUUAAAGCCUUCGUACUAUUAUUUGGAAUGUUUUUUGUUGCUGCGGUGUAUGCUCCGCUCCUGUUGUCGAUCACAACUCGUCAUACAUUGAUUGGAUCAAUUGUGGGACUGUGCUAUACACUUGGAAGUUUUGGUGUACACAUGAUGGAGGCGAUUGAAAAUGAUUUUGGAUAUUCCCCGGCUUUUAUAUUAUUCUAUUUCUUACCAGCAUUCGUAUGUGACGUGCUGCUAUUCCUGCUGUUUAUAAAACGAUUAUAUACAAAUAUCAAAACUAAACAAUUCACUACUAAGUUUACAGAUGUUGUCAGUACACAUCAAGUGAGAUAUGUUGAGUUUUUGUUUAAGAAUUACAAGAUAGAUUAUGGUACAUCUUUUGGACGACUUCAUUGGUUAAUAUAUAAAUGUCGUCCAGAUUUUAAGUAUCCUAUAAAUAUUGUAUUUGCUAGUACUAUAGCUACUACCAUUGUUUAUCUGGUAUUUCUAUGGUUCAUAUAUCUGCCGAGUUACUUUCAAGAAUUAAUCAGACGAUAUAUAGAUAUAGUACAGUCUUCAAAUCAUACAUUUAGAGCUGUGGAACUCCAGUUCUCAAGUUUAUUUUUAGAUGAUAAUCCUUUAUUCCUUAUAUUCAAAUAUGAUUGGUAUGUUGCUUCAGUAAUUGGUUUGUUGGUGGCCUCGUUUCAUAUCUAUAUGCUUUUGUUAAGAUACAGGAAGAAUAUAUUAAAGUUAUAUAAAGGUGAAAACAGUCAACUCAUCAAUGAAUUUAGGAAAUCUUCACCAAUAGAAGUUGUGGCAUGGAGUUUGAAGUUUAAAGGUUAUUUGAUAGCCUAUACUUUAUGGGGCUACCUUAUCUGUACUGUCGUUGUCUGGUUAAUAUUGUCUAUAAUAAUAGGAGGAUGCUAUGUUCUAAAUGAAAUAGAUCUAUUAGCUGAUGCUAUUGAAACAGUAGCACAAUAUCUCAUCUUACCAGUGAUAACAUGGGUGUUAUUUUUACUACAGAAAUUGUUAACAAGGUUUUUCUUUCUUCAACCCAAGAUAAAUCCAGAUGAUCAAUACAGACCGUUAAAUAUAGAUAAUAGGCGAUGUUUUGAAUUUCUGGGUUAUUAUUGGAUUUUCAACAAUUUGAUUGUUGGUUUCAUUUCAUCCAUCCUGAGAAUAAUCAAAAGUUUCUCUAUUUCUUUGUUUAUGAUUGGCUGUUUAGAGAGACCAUUAUUGUUACGAGGUUUUGAACAGUAUGAUAGAGGGUUUUUCUCCUAUGUUAGUAUGCUGUAUCUGGAUGUGGCCCACAAUCAUCCCAUAUUACGUGUAUUUAUCAGUCAUAUCUGGGGUCCGAAAAUAGAAGAGAAACAAACAGGUACUAUUAACCCUUAA